UUAGAAAACAAACCAGUAAAUGGCCGCAGACCAGAACUCAUGGAAUGCAGUAUAUGUGGUCAUGGUGAAAAAUACAGGGUGAAAACAAUCCAAACCGUGCCCAUUGACAAUGUGCAGUCUAAGGAGAAGGAAAGAAUGACCGGCCUAGAAGCAGAGAAGUGGGCACAUAACGAGAAGCCAUCUUUUGGUGUCCAUGUCAACGGAGAUAUCCAUGGAACUGUGGUGGGCACCGAACACUUGAAAAUCUCUCAAGAAAGUGAAAGAGCAGUUUCUCCCAGUCAGUUAGCUCAGCAAAAAAAAUCAUUUGCACACACCAUCAAAAAUGGCAUAAAACCCCUACAUUAUUCACCAUCAGAAGCAGCUGGUUCGCUAAAAAAAGUCUCCACAGAGGAAAGGCCAGACUUGACAAGCAACUCCCAUAUGCAAUGGAUGAAGGGCACCGAUCUGAACAACAUAGUAAACACUCUUGCGGCUGGCGCUGGCUGUGUUCACCCAGAAAGAGAAGGAAAUAUUUUAAUGAAAGAGGAAAACUGCACUUGCAGCAUCUUUGAGGAUUCUGGUAAGUUCAUUCUGCAGACGAGUUCCACUUUGGACCCUCAAGAAAGCCUGUGUUGUCCUCCACUCCCUGAAGAGGAAGCAUGUGUGGGGAAAGCUGGCUCUGAAGUACCUAACACAGAGACACAGCAUGAGGAUUCCUUGCUCCAGCCAACUUUCUUGUCCCUGAUUAAAACCAGAAACUUAACUGUAGAGCAGGUUGUAGCUAUUGAAGCUUUAACACAGUUAUCUGAAGUCCCUUUAGAAACAACUUCACCGGCUAAACCUGAAAGUGCUGAAUGCACAAAAGAAAUGACUUCCAGCUUGCUCCAUAGUUACAAAAGGGAUAUCUCCUCCUCCUUCACAUCUUCUGCGUUAAAAGAAAUCAAAGACACUUACUUACAGAAUGAACAGCAGCUCUUGGCUCACUGCGCUCACUCGCAGAAGCAGCUCCCUAGUAAGGACCCGUUAUACAACGGGCAAAGUUCAGUUUCUGAGUUGUGUGAUAGACCUGCCAGUCUGACUGGUGAGAUGUAUAAACUGCAGUUAUCCUCGAGAGAUACCAAAACUUUAUCUGACUUAACAUCAAAUGCAAAGUCGUUUUCAGGAUAUACUACCAAGAAAAGUUACACUCAUGAUCCAGUCACUCUCACGAGGUAUUGCAACGCUUCACAUAAUGUCCAGCAAACAAGUAGCAACUUGGAAACCCUUGGCCAAUUAGAGCAAAAGCCAACCUGUAAUGAUUUGAACUUGGAAGCUGGUUCUUUGAUUAAAGAAGGAGGAAUUCAUAGCCAGGAUGAAGAGGAUGUAGCUACGCAACUAACUCAGCUUGCGGCGCUAAUUGAAUCAAACCAGACAAAUCCAGAGCAGAAGAAUGACAUAAAGGCAUCACUGCUUAAUCUAAUUUCGCAUGAGAGGCAGCCAAAAAAUAACCAAGAUGUGUUGCAGAAAAAAGAAUCUGUAUUUUUUAGGCAUAAUUACGGUUCCUUACUCUUAAAGCAAAAACAACCAACAAAUAAAAAAGGAAAUGCUGUACCGUGGAAACCAAGGCACAAAAAGAAGCCUCAAGAAGCACGCUAUCAACAAAAUAAUCAAAACCAGCUAGAGCUGUUGUCAUGCCAGCAUAGUGAGUUACAAGACAUUUGGAUAUCAUCAAAACUGCACAAGCUUGGUCAUGCCAUGCCACAGGACUCCAGAAUAGCUCUGUCUGAAAAAAAAUCUCCAAGAACCAAAGUACAGAGAACACCGAAUCAAAAUACUUUAGCAUCACAAGAAAAAACUAGAUUAUUUCUCCCACAAACGCAGAUAAAAUUCCAUAGAUGUUUACCUGAGGUAGCGCAAGAGAAAAAAAAAGACAGAUUGUUUGGCUGUGAAGUGGUGAACGAACAAAUCCAAACGUCAGGCUCCGGUGACCCACUAAGUGCUGAUCCAACAAAACCCGCAGCUGUUGCACGUGACCUGCCCUCCCGUAAUCCCCUGGCCGUUUCACAGUUGAAAACGGCAUCCUUGCUGAACAGACCAAGUGAAAACCUACAGAUGUUUACAGAAAAAUGUAGUUCUCAGGUACAGCAAACAGCGAAUCUCAGUCAGGCGCAUCAAACUUUUAAUCAGUCUAACCUGAGAGCUAACAAAAUGCGUGGCGAAGACAAAGCCUAUGCCCAGCAGGGUGCUGUAGAACAACGAGCGGAGCCGAAGCCGCGGGUGCUGCCUGUUCCCUGUGGUGGGACCCAGGUGCCAGGUGCUGUUGAAGCUCUCAGGAAUGUGGAGUGUGCGAGCGAAGGGACCGUUCUGACGUCAACCAGUUUGGGUGCUGACCACCCACAGAGCACGGGUGACUCAGGGUGUUCUCCAGCAAAAAACACACUCAGCAGUUUUCUUGAAUCACCUAUGAAAUUUCUUGAUACCCCUACAAAAAAUUUAAUAGAUACACCUACAAAAAAAGGACAAUCUGAAUUGCCAACUUGUGACUGUGUUGAGCAAAUCAUAGAGAAAGAUGAAGGCCCAUAUUACACACACCUCGGGACAGGACCAAGUGUUGCUGCUGUGAGAGAAAUAAUGGAGAACAGGUAUGGAGCAAAAGGAAGCGCUGUGAGAAUAGAGGUAGUGGUUUACACGGGAAAGGAAGGAAAAAGCUCUCAGGGCUGUCCAAUUGCCAAGUGGGAGCCAGGAAAUGAGGUAACAGACACGAGCUCUAGGGGAGAGCUUGGAAAGAAUUGAUUUUCCUUAAUCUUUGCUGAAACCACGCAGGGAGGUAAAAAGUAGAGUGGAAAUCUUGUAAACUGAGUUUUGGAAAAUAAAAGGAUGUGGU